AUGGCAUAUAAAAGCGAACGACUCGAAUCACUUACGCCUUUCGGUGAUGACCUGCGCGUCUCGGAGCAGCCACCGUCAGAAUAUGAUAGUCCAGAAGACCAUCAAGCCACUACUUCGCACGAAUCACAUCUCAACGCGGAGCUCAGCUUAGCCCUCCGAGCUUCCGAGGAACGCGAACAUGAAUUGGCCGCCCGACUUCUUUCCCUGCAAUCCGAGCUGAACCUUCGUCCUCAAGUUGAAGAUCUGGAGCACCUUAUGGCGUCAUGGCGCAACACCAAGCAGAAGGCAGCGGACACUCAACAACAGCUCAACGCCGAAUGCACCACCUUGCGCUCGCGCGUUUCGGAACUGAGUCGCGGACUUUCGGUCGCUCAAGACCAAGCACGGCGUGCCCAGAGUCGCGUCGAGGCGCUUACUCCCUUGCUCGACUCCGCACGUAGCCAGUUGCAACACGCACAACAACAAGCUGAAGCGCUGCAGCGCAGCCUGUCAGACGUGAUGGCCAAGAACGAGGAGUCUCUAAGGCGCGAGGACGCGAUACGGAAAGAACUCGAACCUAUGCGUGUGGAAGCGCAAAAGGUGCCUGGACUGGAGCAGUCGCUAGCGAACUGGAAAGCUCGGGCGAAUGAUCACCAAGUUCGCGAACAACAGCUCAUCGGCGAGAAUGCGUCGCUGCGCUCGAAGGUCGGGAAGAUCGUGGAGCUGGAGUCUGCCCUCGCGAAACGCGCGUCUGAGGCUCGGGCUGUCGCUGACUAUAUUCGGGAACUCGAUGGCGGCGCCACUACGCUGCAACAGAACUUGAACACCGCCACCGCACAGGUCGUCGCACUCAGAAGUAGAGCGGAAGCCGCCGAGAACCGAGAGGUGCAGCUCAAGUCGGACCUCAAAAUCUUUCGCGACCGGACAAAGAUGCUAGAAGCCGCUUUGGACGCUCGGAAUAACGACGCUCGGAAGCACGAAGCCAAGCUGCAUCGUGAGUUGGAGAGCUUACGGACGGAGGCUCGAAAGGUGCCCGCAUUGGAGAAGAGUGUCGCAGACCUACGCGUGCAGGCGCAGAGGGUCCCAGGACUGGAGUCGGCUUUGGUGCAAUCGGAUAGUCAGGCAACUUCCGCCGGGAAUCAAGUUCGUCAGCUCGAGGACGACAGGACCCAUCUACUGCAGAACCUCCACCUGGCAGGCACUCAGGCUUCAUCUCUGACCGACCGCGCAGAGAACGCUGAGGCGCAGCUAGAGCGCUGCCAACACGAGGUCGUUGUCAUGUGCAUGCGGUUGAAGUCAAACGAGGCCGCGCGGGAAGAACUUGUCGCACGCGCAGAGACAGCUGAGAGUCGCAUUCAAGCUCUGGAAGCAGAGAACGGGAUCUCGCGUGCACGGAUCGCGAAGUUGGAAGUAGAUUGCGCCGAAACGCUCGAGCGUUUCAAUGAAGUCGAGGCCUAUCUGAUGACAAGUAAUGAGAAGAAUACGGAACUCGUGAAGGAAGUCGAACCGUUGAGGGAAGCACUCAGGACGUUGAAAGAGGAGAGACCCAGAGAGACGGAGACAGAAGAGCGCAUGAGGUCGGAAAGAGAGUCCUUGCUGGAAGGGAUGCGCGAGCUACUACCGUCAGGAUCUCUACCAGCGUCUUCAGACGCCUCCGAGGUUCUUCGUGCGGUGGAGGAAGAAUACGACAGGCUGCGCGAAAGGAUCGCAGACCUGGAACGCCGAUACGAUGCGCGCGCCACACAUUACGCCAUACUACGCGGACGGGUUGCAGAACUAGAACGCAACUCGUGGCAGUACUGA